AUGCGGCCAUCUUUUCCGCUUGCGUUUGUUGUUGUUGUUUUCUCUCCGAUGCAAUCUCAGGAAGCUGAAAAGCUUGACCGAAGUAGUAUGGAUGGAUUAUCUGAUUUCAUCUCAGUUCUGCCCGACGAGUGUUUGGCUUGCAUUUUCCAGUUUCUUAGCCCCUAUGACCGGAAACACUGCUCUCUUAUUUGCCGGCGGUGGUUGAGGACUGAAGGACAGAGCCGUCAUCGACUUUCCCUCAACGCCCAGUCAGAUCUGCAACAUUUGAUUCCUUCCAUCUUCUCUCGCUUUGAUACUGUCACGAAACUGGCCCUGAAAUGUGACCGUAUUUCUAUUAGCAUCGGGGAUGAAGCGCUUGUUCUAAUCUCGGAGCGCUACCGGAACUUGACUCGCCUUAAGCUCCGAACUUGCCGUGACUUGACCGAUGCCGGAAUAUCGGCUUUCUCUAAGAACUGUAGGGGCUUAAAGAAGCUUUCGUGUAGAUCUUUCACUUUCGUAGCUAAAGGCAUGAACGCCGUGCUCGACCACUGUCCAGCAAAUUCCGUUGGGUUCUUGGAGAAGUUUUUUGGGUGUCCGGCGGGGACAAAUCCCCACUGGUUGGAUACUGCUUGCGGUGGUGGCCUCAGAUGGGUCAUUAUUCACGUGGGGUGCUAUAAUGAGUAUGGUCAGCUAGGCAGAGGCGUCAUUUCCGAAGGAUUACAGGGGGCUCGUGUGAUAAAUACAUGUGCAAAAUUCCUUGAUGAGGCUCCUGAGCUUGUGAAAAUUACCCAGGUGUCAUGUGGAGAGUACCACACUGCAGCUAUUUAUGCAUAG